AUGAAGAUUCUAUUGACAGUUUUACUUUUCAUCUCAGCUACUGCAGCGAUAAACAACUUGGUUGGCAUUCCAGACGAGAGAUUUCAACAAAUUGAGCAUAUUCUGAAAGGUAUAUAAUUUAUAUAUCUUUGUAGCGGUUUCUCGGCUCUCUUAAACUAUGUUUUAACUUCGCACGGUUAUUUAUCCGGUCUAGGGCGUCAAGUGAAAAAAGGCGUGAAAUUGGCAAAAUAUCUGAACUUUUACUGUAAGAGAAUUAUUUUAAUGACUUAAAUGUGAAUUUUCUAUGUAUUCUGCAAAAGAGUUUUAAAAAUCAGUUUCAGUGACUUUAAUUUUUUGUUACCCCGGGCUAGUGAGGCAAAUUGGCAUUUUAGUUAAUGCAAAAUCCGUUAGUACUGAUGAUUUUCAGUCACUUAGAACAUUCUCAAUGUUCUCGUCUUUGCGGUUAGUCAGUUAAAAAAAAACUUUACAAACGUAUACAUAGGUAACUAAACAGUCCAACGAGUUUGAUGAGAUGGUGAGAAAUGAACGUAAUAAUAUAUCAUUCGAGCACCAAGUUUCAGCUCCUGUGGUGGCUUGUAUAAGUGGAGAUUCCAAAAAAAAUUCUUCGGUUAAAAUCAACCAAAAACCUUUGCAAAAGUUGUCAGUAUUAACGGUAACACUCGCGAGUGAAUUAAAGAAUCGGGCUGAAACUCGUUCCUUUCUCUUAGCGCAUGUCAACUUAAAGCUAGACAAAAUGAAAGACUCUGUCGGGUCCUAAUCAUCUUCAGAAAUCCAAAGCAUUUGAACGACAUUUUCUUCUCAUAUCAAUCCAAGUACGGGGCGAUCUGCACCAAAUUGAAAGAUUGUUUGUGAUUAGCUGAGAAAACAAUAGAGAUUGUGUCAUAACAAUGCCGGGCCCAUCCCUGAAAGCAAGGGAAGUGCGGAUUAAAGGGAACCAAUGAAAUAUGAGGUUUAGAACGGUGCAGGUCAACAGCAAUCUUCCACGUCAAGCUCAAAAAGGGCACAGAAACGCGCGUGAGAGGAGAGAGGACCCGCGUCCUCGCACCUUUCCUCGCAUCGCGUGGCCUUGGCGUGGGCGAAGACAACUUAUAACCACAAAUCUAGUAAGUCUGGUGCUUGAUAUUGUGCCUGAUAUCCUACAAAGCAGGCAUUUAGUUACUUCAUCUGAUGUGCUUAAUUCUCUUCAUUGCAGAAAAACGUUUGGACAACAAACCAUACAGUUUUGAUACCACAGCUGGCCUUGGUAAUCUGUUUCAUAAUGCUCGACUGUUUGAUGUUAAAAAGGAAGACGCUUUGAGAGCAAAUCGGGAAACUGAGGAUGACGACGGAUCUGGAAUCGGUCUUCCGAAACCUGGUGCCAUCGAAGAAGCCGUAGAAAGCACUGUUCGUGCGGUAAGGAAGCUCCCAGCUGUAUUUUUCUCUAAUACAAGGCUGAAUAUACGGUACUACUACUAGGUUAAUCUUCAGUCCAAACCAUACCGAUUUUCUAGCUCAACGCGCCAGGCUUUCAUCCAGUGAGACUAUGCGAUCAUAUUGUCUUGUGUUAAUAAAAAUUCUUGGGAAACCCUUACUCAAUUUCAAAGGGUGCAAAUUACGAUUUCCUUUAUAUAUGCUUCGAAAAAGUUCGAAAAACUUCAUACCGUUAUACUCCCAAGAGAAGAUAUUCUCUUUUGAAUCUGAUCGGAAGCUUCAUUUAAACUGAUAAACUUUCUCAUACACAGUAAGUUAUGUACAGUUUCCUCUUACCUAGAUUAAACGUAAAAAUCACCAAGAAAAUGCUCCUUAAUUAUAUGAACUACGUCACUUUUUUUUCUUUUCUAUGAAAAUACAUUGGCAUAAAAAAAAACCGUCGAAAGAAUGGCUCAUUUUAUUUAUUGCUAAUUUACUACUACUAUAUCCCUCAAUGAGUGUAUGCAACGGCGCGGAAUGUAACAUGAAAAUUAAAAACUCGUUGGGCCAACUUUUCCUAGUUAAACUGAAUCUUAAUUGUGUUAUCGAACUAUGACCAAGAACUGAUCAUGUUUUCCUUUUCAUAGAAUCAUUUUUAAAAUCUUUCUUUUAGAGUUUAAAGAACGCAAAAGAAACUCGGAAUACUUUGCUAGAAUUUUAGCUCACUUUUGACCGAAUUAAUGUUGUUGGAUCUCACUUUAACAAGUACAUAGCCGUUAAACUCAGUAGCAGUGGCAAUCCAGUUCAUUUUGUUUAAUUUGCCAAUUACUUGCCCUCAAUCGCAUGGAACUUAAAGUAAGCAAAGAAUUUACAGGUAAAUGACAAAAUCAGAGAUCCGAGACUAACAAAUAUGUCUCCUGAGCAUUAUUUUUGAAGUUGCAAGCAGCAGGGAUCAACUUAAAAAACUGUUGGGCUGAACAGUUUUCAAAAACCCUAAUUUUAAUCCGUUUCAAUCUUCGUCAGUUAUGCCCAUGCGUGGCAUCUGUUGUUUCUGUUGUGUUAUUUUAACCUUCCUUUAAUGUUUUAAGCGGUUAUUUUUACGUUUCUCUUAAUUUAACGGCAUUUUGUAAUUACCUAAUUUGGCUGAAUUUCGUGACACAGCUCCUUUAAAAUGGAAACCAGGAUUGAGAUAGAGCUGACUCAGCGUGAGGUCUGGGAAUCAUUUGCCUUACUGUACAGAUCGUUGCUGAUUGUUUUGAUAACUCUGAUGUUUCAUUGUAGUUGCUGAAAAUCGUUCCUGCUGUCAAGACACUGAAAGAGGCCAGAGACAAGCAAAGCAAAGGUAAAUAUUAAAUCAGUUCUGUUUUGGGCUGGUUUGCAGGUGGUAUAAUUAAUAGCAGUUGACUAUUAAAUUGGUAUCACGUAUAUAGUGUUAAUUGCAUUAAAUUAGCCGAAACUAAGUAAUAAUAGAACUAAGAGGGGAACGCCCAGUUCAGCCGUUGUGGUUUUUGAACUUUACCGAAGUUGUUUUUAGACCUGUUGAACGCUUGAAAUUAUUCGGAGGUUUGUUUCCCUAGAUGUCUGCAAACGUUUUUCUAGUGUUGUUAAAAGAAAUUUCAACAAUCGUCAUUACCAUAAUCUGCAUUGUCUGCUUUGAGGCAGUCGCGCGUGCACUUUUAAGUCGUUUCAAACAAUCGAUUAAAUGUGCGGACGUCUCGGGAGUAGCUUUAGUAAACAUGCUACUCUCUCUUGCUGACAACCUUGACGUUGGAAAGCGCCUUUUGAUUACACAGUCUGGAAAAAACUGAAUGCACCACUUACAAGAGCUAGGUCAUUCCGACAAUAUAUGGAUCUGUAGAAUAUUAAAUGUCUCUCCUGAGAGGGUGUAAAUAAUAUAGGAGCCGGUUUCUGAAAAAUACAGUUGUUAUUGUUUAAUUGUAGCGCAAUGUUUUCUUUCUUUCUUUCUUUUCUUUUUUUUUUUGCUUUAACAACAUAACUGAAUCAAUUGUUCAAUCAUCCAUUACUCUAACAUCGAAACCAGCUAACUGACAAACGUCACAAUAUAAGGUGCCUCCGAUAAUUGGAAAAAUGAUGAUGAUGAUGAUGAUGAUUAUGAUGAUGAUUGUUAUUAUCUGUACCUCAUCGACUUUUUCAUGUUUCUGCCUUAACUUCAAGAUUACUUUUGUUUUCUCACUUUAGAGUACUGGCAUGCAGCUGUAUAGUAAUAACUCAUUGUGUUUAUCAUCCUUAUUUAGAAUAUGCGAGACAGUUUGUCAGAGCUUUGAGGAACCCUAGGAAAAGUGACAACUCUGUUAAAGCUCUGUUUGGAGAACACAUUAUAAAACUGCAUAGAGGUUGCAAACAAAUCAAGCUGAAAUUUGUCAAACUUGCUAACAAAACUGGUAAGUUAGGGAGACUGUCAAUUGGCAAGUCUUAAAGACAAUAUGGAACAUUAUAAAUCUUUCAAAGAUUUCAAAACAUCCAUCGUCAAACUCCGUAAAUGUCAGUUGUCUUCCUUUUUAAGUUAUCUCUGUAAAUUCGAAUUUAAUUACCAUCAAUCUGAUUUCUUUGUAGAACUCAGAGGCUUAAUUUUAGUAUAUUAAUAAAAUCAUGCCUUUAAAGACUACCCUCAGUCAGUUAAAGAGACAUUGUUUUAAUCAUUCUGUAUGAGAGUUUGUUUGCUUUCUUUUUUUUUAUCUUAAAAAAUGGAAAACGAAAAUGAGUAUAAUGAAUAAACUGAAGGGACAAUUAACGAAUUAAAGUGGUCAAAAUUGUCUUUCAACUUUGACGAGUACGUUUAACACACGAAACAGUCUUUCCAACCUUAAAAGUUUUUCGGAUACUUCAGUGUUCUUUUAAAGUUCCAUACAAAUUCACCUUGACUGCUUUCACGUUCUUUCUAACAGGAUUGUUAGACAUGUUAGGCCAUGACGACUUAGAUUUUACAGCAGUUAUGGGUAAAGUUCUGGAAGAAGCAGAGCCUAAGGAGGCUGGUAAGUAGAGGAGCCAGAUCAACUUAGGUUUCUGGGAGACUGCCCACCUACCCCUCCCCUAAGCUAACAUUAACACUUACUUCUCAUUUAGAGCAAAAUGUUGGCUUAGAGGAAGGGUAGGUGGGCAUUUUCCCAGAAACCCAAAUUGCGCAUGCCCAGUAUAUUGAAAAAUAAGUGGAAUUCAAUACUAAACUGAAUAAAAAUGCCCACAAACUAGCUACAGUUCUGCAGAACGUUUGCAUUGGCUAACUGCAUGGACCGAAUAUUGAUCCAACAACCAUUUUUGCAUUGGUUCUAUGAAAUCCUAAAAUGACUUAUCGAUUAGUCGAAUCUUUGCUUUAAUAAUUUGUUUGACAUUUAGUUUUUUCAUUAGCAUACAGUUUUCAGUUAUAGCAAAAUGCUUAAUAAACUGACUUUAACAACAGAAAGUCGCGCAAGGCUUGUUGACUUAAUCCUUGGACGUACACGCAAAUUGAUACCUUGACCGAAGCAUAAGAGGGCAGGGGGUGUGGUUGAUGAAACCCCUCCCUAUAGUUUUUAUGUGUUGCAGUAUUUCCAAACGAUAAUGCGUUCGAUGGAAAGCCUUCCAUCCGGUCAAAAAGAUGAGGUAAAUUUUUGUAUCGAUCGUGGCGCUGUUGGAGGCCUGUGACGUCACCCAACAUGGCUGUCAUCUUGGCCGCUAUCAUAAUCGUAGAAAGAAUAUCCUCCAUACUUUUGCAAAAUCAAAAAAUAGCAAGGUCAACGUGACAAUUUAAAUUAACAGUGUUUAUUUUUUGCUAUAGAUGUCUUUGAAGCGUUUGUUCGUAAGGCUUAUGAACAUGGGAUUCAAGAUCACCCUGGUGUACUGGCCAUUAAGGCCGUAGGAGGCCUUGUGACUGAAGUUGGCUGUGACGUAAAAUUAGAUGGUAAUUAUUUACUUAAGAAUUAUACUUCUUUAUCCCUUCUUUAGCCCGAAAAGGCUACCUUUUUCAGGCUUCAGGUAUAUGAAAGGGUAGAGAUUUCACCUUUUGAGGUAUAUAAAAAGGUGGGGAAACUUGUCAUUUGGUUGUAAAAAGGUUCAAAAGAGCUAUCAGAUGCAUUUCAUGGCCGUGUAAAGGUCGAGAAAACACUUUGGUUUUGUGAUUUGCUCAUAUCUUAAAGACUUUGAAUUUACAGUAGUUAAAAGGGAUGGAAAGAACUAAACUAGGAAAUAGGAAAGGGAUUUUUUUUUAAUCUCAAAUAUAGUACAUAAAAGGGUUAGGGGUUGGACCUACAGUAGCACAGUGUGGACUUUUCCCGGAUAAAACUUUGUUGAGUACACCUCCGGGACAGAUUAGUAAUAAUGUGCUUCUUCGAGUAAAUUUUACCGUUCUUUGUUAUUUUAACUACCAUUCAGGUCUGCUUGGAAAAAUUGGGGAAAUGAUAGCCAAACGUGAUCCAGAUGCUGACUUCGUAGCGGGAUUUCAGGACAAAGUUCUUUCCUUUCUCUAUGACAAGAAGAACAAAAAGUGCACAACAGGUGUGUGAUUACUAUCCCGUUUAUGCUUUGAACCGUAUCUAUAAUUCGCCCCAAGUGUAACGGGGAAUCCUGUUCCGGAAUCCGAGAAAUUUCUGCUUGUGGAAUCCGUAAUGCAGCAUAUUUUUGCUGUGAGAUCCGGAAUCCUGGGCUUUGCAAUCCUGUACACAAUUCAAGGAAUCUGGAAUCCGGAGUCCAGGUUCCACUGACAAAGAAUCCACAAUCCAAAAUCCAAUGCACUUUUGGAUUCUCUUACAUGAACUGAUAUAAUUUUCUCCAUCAUUCGUUUUUUGUCAUCUCGUAUAUAGUCAUCGUUAUUUUUGAGCACUAUUCAAUGCGAAUUUCUUUUGUAUUGCAGGAUUAGUGGAAUCCCUUUCCCCAGGCCAAAGCAUCAAGGAACGAUACCUGAAUCUCGUAUUUACCCGAUGCCAAGAAGGUAACGCCUUAUUUGCAUUUAUUAAAAUUAUAUAAGGAAUUUUGCGAUGAGCUUUUCAUUUGGAAUUCCUACUCGACGGAACUUUUUCUCUUAAUCAACCCUUAAUCGCUUCUAAAAACUUUGUCAACGACAAAAGAAAACUUCCUUGUUCUGCUGAUUAAAAAUAAAACCCAGUAAAAUUUACUAUAAUAUUCUAAUUUAAUUUUUUUUCCUAUUUUAGUGAGACUCGUCCGCUUUGCUGCCGAUACCGUCGUUAAUGUAAGUAGAAAUAGAUGCCAUCAUCUCAGAUUACUCUUUCUUAACACUCUUUCUGACAAAAAAAAGGGAAAAAAAACGACACCAACAAGAUAGCCGAUUGCUUAUUGUCCCUCGGUACAGCUAUACUUUAUAUAUUCAACAGUUUUCGAGCAUUCUGUAGUGGACGAGAUAAGACAAGACCAGAACUUAAUUUUUAUACCACAAUAAAAAGGAGAGGGGGAAAAAAAAGAAUACUUAUGGAAAGUAAAACAAACACCUAAAAAUGGCUUAAAAAGCUAUCUAGCUAGGAGCAUUAUCGACUGUUUCAUACAUAAAAGAGGUCCUUAAAAGUUGGAGGACACGCACACACACGCCCCCACGUACAUGAACCACAUGAGAAAUGACCCUGCAGUUUACUUAUACAUUUUUUUCAGGCAAUCCAUCUUGGCAAAAAAAUACAAUUUCUGCAAGGGAUUGCUCAUAAACGCUAUAUAGGUAUGUGUACCUUACAGCAUAGGGAUUUGCUCUCGUAGCUCCUUACCUCGAUCAUAGCCUAGAAUAAAUAUUUGGGACCUUACUUUAUGAGGGUUAACUAUCAGCAAGUUGUACCCAACAUGAAUAGAUAAACCAUAUCUGAGCUCAUGCAAGUAGCAACAGAAAAAAAUCACAUUGCCAUUCGCAUUCUUGAAAAACUUUAAAAGAAUUGUCUUUUGGGGCCGUGGAAGAGAAUGUCAGUGGCAUUACACAGAAUCGAUUGCUACAUGUGAAAAUUGAACUGGUUUCAUUAACUAAAAUGUAAACGUUGUCAAUUCGUCGUUGUUUUCAUAUGGACCCCAUCUAACGCAAGGCCCACAUGUAUAGAAGUGUAAUAAAAAAAAAUUGAUCACUCUGAUGUGUUUAAGACUCGGUAGAAAAUUUCUCAGAGGCCCUUCGCUUAAGGUUUCGAGGGAGGCUAGUCUUAGUUUACUAAUUUGCUCUUAAGACAUAUAUCUUGAAAGUAGUUGGUUGUUAUGAUAGUGAAAUAUGGGAUCAAACGAACUACAGCCAAACCUUGAAGAACAAACUUGUAGCCACUUUGUAAAGUUUUUUUUCUCCUCCGAUUGUUUACUGAAAAUUUUAUCCCCCAAGGUCCGGUUCCUGAAAGGCCUAUCUUCGAGGAAUCCGGCCCUGGCCUCUGUUAAUAGCUGCCAGCCGGUGGCCACUUAUAAGAGCCUCGUAAAGGGGUUCCACCGUGAUCCUGAUCUAGAAUUUAAUUUUUUUUAAAAUAAAAUGAAAGGUUGUCCCGGGCAAAUUAUUUUGAAUUCCUUACUUUUGAUGUAAAAAUGUUCAUUCGCUUUAACUGAGUUGUCUUCAUCUACUUCUCUUUUCAAAGAAAUGGCAAAGACGGUUGGAGCCCUUAUGCACUCUGGUGAGUUUGAGGAAGCACAUCAACGUGUUGGAGAGUUUACACUGGGAGAAAUAAGAAGAGGUUUCCUUGUGGGUGUCGCUGUUCACAAGUUGCUGUCUCCUCCACGACCUACCGUACCUAAACCAUCUGGCCCAAGACCUUCCCGUCCAAAGCCAUCUGGCCCAAGACCUUCUGGUCCUCAACCAUCUGGCCCGGUACCUUCCGGUCCUCAACCAUCUGGCCCGGCACCUUCCGGUCCUCAGCCCUCUGGCCCGGCACCCUCUGGUCCUCAGCCCUCUGGCCCAGCACCUUCCGGUCCUCAGCCCUCUGGCCCAGCACCUUCCGGUCCUCAGCCCUCUGGCCCGGCACCUUCCGGUCCUCAGCCCUCUGGCCCGGCACCUUCCGGUCCUCAGCCCUCUGGCCCGACAACUUCUGGCCCUCAGCCCUCUGGCCCGGCACCUUCAGGUCCUCAGCCAUCUGGCUCACUACCCAGAUCAGGUAGCCUCCAGAAAAGAGCGUCUCUGGAGGAGGAAUCUUACUUAGAUCGUCUCAUGAGGCUGGCUAAACGCAAACGUAUUUAUCACUAG